UAACCUGCCUGAGAAGGAAGCGGGUGGGUGCAGCUGAACCUGUUCUCUUUUUCUUGUCCAUUUUCACCUUUACUCUUUCUCUCUCUCUCCACACCGGAGGGAGAGGAAGAGGAGUGAAGCUGUAUUUGUUUUGCUCUCUCGUCUUUUUUUUUUUUUAACCAAUACUGAAAGUGGCUUCAGAAUAUUUCCCAAGUGAAACAGGAAUAUUUCACCACUCGGUCCAGCAUGGGGUCUGACGAGUCGUACAAUUUUGUCUUCAAAGUGGUUCUGAUAGGGGAGUCUGGCGUUGGAAAGAGCAACCUGCUGUCUCGAUUCACUAAGAAUGAGUUCAAUCACGACAGUCGCACCACCAUCGGCGUCGAGUUCAGCACACGGACCAUUCAGCUGGACAACUUCACCAUCAAAGCCCAAAUCUGGGACACAGCAGGGCUGGAGCGCUACAGGGCUAUCACCUCAGCCUACUACAGGGGAGCAGUUGGAGCACUGUUGGUCUACGACAUUAGCAAGCACCUGACCUAUGAGAGUGCAGAGAGGUGGCUGAAAGAGCUGUACGACCACGCAGACCCUCACAUCGUGGUCAUGCUGGUAGGGAACAAGAGAGACCUGGAGACCCUCAGGACCGUGCCCUCGGAUGAGGCCAGGGACUUUGCAGAGAAGAAGGGUCUCAUGUUCAUGGAGACAUCAGCGUUGGACUCCACGAACGUCGAAGCUGCUUUCAAUGAAGUCCUCACAGCGAUCCAUAAGAAGGUGGCCAGCAGAGAGGUGACCCGUGGCUCCAUCAGUGCUGUAACCCUGUCCAGCCCCAUCGGACCCACCAGUGAGACACAGGAGAAGGGCAGGACCUGCUGCAAGAGCUCCUAACAGCAGCUCCUGGUGCCCUGCGAUGAUCCGCUACCUCCUCGCCGAACCAGCAUCAGGCCUGACUGUCGUUUAAGCUUAAACACGACAUCAUGCACACAGUUUGAAGAGCGAGGUACCUGCCUGACACUUGAGCAGUCAACAUACAAACCUCUUUAAACAUAACUCAAAAAAAAAAAAAUAAAAAUAUGGGGAUGCAAACAUUGAGAAAGUCUAUUUUCUUGUGGUGGCUGAUGGGAGCUUUUUAUGAGAUAGCUGUGCUUUUUCCCCCCCUUUAUCUUAUCUUCAUGUUUUUAAAGAGGCGUUGUGAAGUUGUAUUGCUUUUAUAAAGGAAUGCACUGGGAUUCAUUUGGAAUAAAUUAUUUAUGUUAUUCUGUCUGCAUGUCCACAAAGACAUGAAUUUAUUAUCUGCAUUAGACACGUUAUCUAAAUUAGACGAGGGAAUAAGAGAGAGAGCUGAUGUGAAAUAAAGGCAGUGGAGGAAGGAGAACUUAAAAACCUUUGCGAAAGAAGUGAUAUCCCAGUGUGCAAAACUAGCCUGUUACCACAGAAAAUCCUGCAACAUUUUACUGCUGUUGUUAAAGUGCAGAAGUUUUUUUUAGCAAAAUGUUAAAUUUCAUCAUCUCAGUCCUGAGUAUGUAGAAUGUCCUCUCUCCAAGUGUUAUACUUUUGUAUAUAUGACUGUAUAUUACUGGAAUGUUAUUAUUGAUGCAUUCACAUGUGAGCAGCAUACACUGUUGGAGUUGAUUGAGAUUAGGCACAUUUUAACUAAUUUAUAUGCUGUUGGGUAGUUUAAUUUAUACAAAG